AUGUCGUUCCUUGGAGGAAGAGGUGGAAACCCCGCCCCUUCUGGUGGGGUUAAUUUGGAGAAGGUUGAGAUGGCCGUUACCGAGCUCGACACAAUUACGGACUUUUUUAACCGAAUGGUCCAGUCAUGUCACAGCAAAUGUAUCAGUACCCGUUACGCCGAAGACGACUUAAACAAGGGCGAGAGUGUCUGCGUUGACAGAUGUGUCGCAAAGUUCAAUGACGUGCAGAAGAAGGUGGGCGAAAAACUACAGAGCAGAGGGGCAGCCAACGCCAGUGGAGGUAGC